GUGGCACCAGCACCUUCCCUGGGAGCUCGCAGCGGCCGGCUGGCCCCUGCUCCACGGUAACCAUGUGCGACCGGAAGGCGGUGAUCAAAAAUGCAGACAUGACUGAAGAGAUGCUGCAGGACUCGGUGAGGUGCGCUACCCAGGCAUUGGAGAGAUACAACGUAGAGAAGGAUAUUGCGGCCCAUAUCAAGAAGGAGUUUGACCAGAAGUACCACCCCACCUGGCACUGCAUUGUGGGCCGGAACUUCGGUAGUUACGUGACUUACGAAACCAAACACUUCAUCUACUUCUACCUGGGUCAGGUGGCCAUUCUGCUGUUUAAAUCUGGUUAAA